AUGCGGAAUUUGUUGUGUAAUCUCGGUCUUCUCCUUUCCAUCUACGGAAUAGCCCUUGCUGACGAUGAACAACCUCGUUAUUUUGCAAGUACCGGCGAUGAUGCUGCAAAGGACCAGAAAUUCGGCGCCCUUUUCAUCCAAACGAUGAGAAACGUUAUCAAAGAGCCCUGUGAGGUUAUUGGGAUUCUGUUCCAACCCAAUUUUGUGAUUGUUGGUUGCAACGGCACAUACUCGAAAGGUGGGUUAAUUGAGAUUAUCACUAUUAUCAAUAAUCUGAUUUCAGAGAAGCUGAUUCAAUACUUGGAACUUCCAUAA